AUGCCGUCCACACUCGCCAAGACGAGGAAGCAGAUUGCCAAGAAGAGGCAAGGCAAUAUCGGCGCUCUCCACCAGGGAUCUCGCGACUCCAAGCGCCUUCACAAAGCGCAGGUCCGAGAUGAGCGACUUGAGAAGAUUGCGGCCUCUAGAAAGAAGAAUGAACAACCAAUGAGUCCGCCAGCCCCCCCAUUUCCCCCUUUUUUCCUCGGAGAUAUCAAGCUCACACAGCUUCCAAAGUCGAGCGCGUCGCCUUCUUUCAAGACGCAGUGCAAGAGAACGGAUACAAGCCCCUCUCUCCCGAGGCGGUUCAGCAGAAGAUCAGAGCGUGAGUCUCAAACAAAUCUUUUGACAAGUUUCCUGUUGCACGACGAGGAGUUUGAAGCGGUCAAGAAGGCUCGGAGACCCGGCAGACCAGCGAGCGCCAGAGAAGACCUUCUCAAACUCAAGAUCGCUACUCUGGAGAAGGAAUACAAGAAUGGGCUCUUACUGCCGGAGCUCACGACCGAGGACAAUGUGGCCCUCCUAGAGCGCUGGGAAGGAUCCUGGACGUACUUGACGACGUUAGCCUGGGUCAGGAUAUCAGAGUCGGGCACGGUCAGCCCGUCUAGCUUUCCUCCCAAGGGAGACCACUGA